AUGGCAGUGUUCAACAGUAUUGUGGCAGCUUUAUGUUUCUUGACUACAUUGCAGUGGUCACUGCAAGGAACCUACGGCAAACAAAAUGUAGCCAAAUGUGGCAAAUGGGAUCACAAUUGGGACUAUCCAAGCAACCAAACAAAAGCUCGAGGCACCCGAAAUUUGAUCCUCAUCCGUCACGGCCAGUACAACCUGGACGGACGAAACGAUUUCGAAAGGUAUCUGACCGAGGUGGGCCAAAAGCAGGUCGCCUUCACGGCAGACUAUCUCAAGCGGUUAGGCGUCAAAUUUGACAGGAUCGUUCGCUCCACGAUGACACGUGCCCGGGAGUCGGCGAAAAUAAUUUCCGGAUCGUUUCCCGGCCUGAAACUCCUUGACGAACCCCUGCUGAUGGAGGGAACCCCGAUUCGACCGGAUCCGCCAUCGUCCAGUCGGCAUUCCGACAGUGAGAUCGCCACCACCCACGCACGGAUCGAGGCCGCCUUCCGGAAGUACUUCCACCGGGCAGUCCAGAAGCAGGGCGACACGUACACGCCGGUGGUUUGUCACGCCAACGUCAUUCGCUAUCUGGUGUGUCGAGCGUUGCAGAUUCCGCCGGAAGCGUGGCUCCGGAUGUCGCUGCAGCAUGCCUCGCUGACGUGGAUCGCGAUUGGGCACACCGGUAGGGUGUCGCUGCGGUCGCUCGGCGAAGCGAGUCACAUUCCGCCGGAACUGCAGAGUCGAUAGUU